UUGCACCUGAAAACGGGGCUCGGCUUAUGGGAGCUGGAGCGGCGCAUCAACAACCCAUCCCCAGCCCCCAGCAACCGGGGUGUCGGCACCACCACCAGCCACAGUAUUUACUGGAAGGUGCAGUCGUAAACCAAGAUUGACCGAGGUUUAUGGCAAUUCGCCGACUGCGCAAUCACUCCGAGACAAACAACUAGCUAAUAGCAGAGCGAGCGCUGACCGAUGGUGAUAUCUGCGCCCACCUGUACGAAGAGCUACACAACACGCACACAUACAUACACAAAUCGGCGCGCGCGCCGCAUCCCGUGCUCGCAGCGCCAUGAUCGAUUUCUGCACCACUACCAAUGUCGUCGCCAUAUGAGUCGUCCCGCCGCCGCCGCGGAGUCUGGAGCCACUGGGUGCCGCUGGUGCUGACCGUGACGGUCGCAACGGUCGGCGUUGCCGCCUGGGUAUGGAGUCUGCGCAAGGACGACGACCACGAGGACGCCGAGCUCGCCGCCGCCGAAGCGGACCUCGACUACGAGAAUGCCGACUACGGCGAUAACCCCCCCUACGGCGCGUCCCGAGACUCCAAGUCCCCGGCUGUAGGGGGUGGUGCCACCCAGCCUCGCUCCGGCGACGCCACUGCCGCCCCCUACGCGCCGGCACAGUCGCAGGCCGAGUCCACCGCCACGGGCUGGGCCGCGCUGCGCCGGACCCCGAGCCCCCAGCAGUUCUUUGACAGCGCGAAAAGGACCGUGGCCGCCGGUGUGACUGCCGCCGGCGCGGCGGUGGGCAGCGCACUGGCUGCUAUCAGGGAGGAAGACAAGACGAUAUAUGAAGACCAUGAGAAGUGGUCCGAGGAAGCGGAUGCCAAGAGAGAGAAGGACGUGGCGGCGUCCUCACAACGGAGCCGAGAUACCAACAAGCGCCGGAAGAAGGUGGCUAUUGUCGUCUCGGCGGACAGUCGCCUGGAUCAUGUGGACGCCGACGGCUUCCACGAGCAUGCCUCUAUCCUGUCCCACAUUCCCCGGCAAACCGACUUCGCCAAGAUCAAGCUCUACGUGCUCAUCUACGCACCAAACCUCAAGGACUCGGCCUUGGACGCGACGAGCAACCUUCCGCCCGCGUCGCUGAGCUCGUCCUUCUCAAACAUUGACCACGCGCAAGCCCAAACCCCGGCCGACGAGGCCAAGAGUCCCCUGCUAACCAGCGGCGCCCCAUCCGACUCAGACCGCGCCUACAACGCCGUGUACGCCCAAGCCCAAGGGCUUGUGGAAAAGGACAGCAUGAUCCUGACCUUCACCACGCCCAACGGGCACGCGCACAUCCUGCGGCAUAUCCAGCCCGAGCUUAUUUACCUGCAAGAGUCCCUGGCGGGGGACAACGGCAGUGUCGUUGAGAACCUGCAGCACUGGCACAGGCAGGACAUUGUCCUGGUCGUGGGCGCCGAGGAAGGGCAUGGCGGGUUGGCGGAUAGUGAUGAUUCGGAGGUGGAACGUGGGGGUGAUGGUGGGAAGGAUGGGAAGUGGAAGAAGAAGGCCAAGGGGGAUGGGGAGGGGGAGGUCUGGUGGCAUAGGGAGGAGAGGGUGGGUAGAGGGAGGGGUGUGAUCGUGGUUGAUGGGAUGAGGGUGCAGGAUGAUUGGGCGAGGAGGGUUAUGGGUAAGGAGUGAGAAGGGUGUGAU